AUGAAAUUUUUAAGUGUGUUUUGUGUUGUGCUAUGCGUCCGGUCUGGAGCUUUUUUGCAUAUACAAAAUAAUGUUCCGCACAUUGACUACCAAAAUCAAGAGGCUAUCCAAUUAAGUGCUCAUAGGAACACUGAAAUUCCUUUAAAUAGCCCUUACGAUGACAGGUUUCGUCAGAAUCAGCCUAUUGAAAGAUUUAGUGAGCCCUUGAAACCACAGCAAAAUGUACGAUUUGAAUCACAAAGAAUUUCUCCUGAAUACAUAAAUUCGCAACAAAUCAAAAAUACCAAUGAACAGCUUUUAAAUGAAGAACAUCAUCCCGGUAACCAAGGUGUGCAAGUAAUGCAUACAAGUCCAUAUUUUCAAGAUAAAACACAUCCUAAAUAUAUAAAUCCUCCAGUUAGAAGAUUCAUUGAAGCACAAUCUAACCCAAAAGAUGUUUCUAAAUCCACAUUAGAAAAUACAAGAUUAGAAUCGCAACGAAUUUCCCCAAAACACUUAAAUUGGCAACAAAUAAAGAACACUAAUGAACAGUUAAUUAAUCAAGAAGAUAGUAUCAAUCAAAGAGGUCAAUAUGUUCAACAUCAAACACAUCCCGAUCACAUACUUUCAGAAUCUAAAACAUUUAAUGAAGCACAACAUAUUCCAGAAGAAAACAUUUCCGGAAGUAAAUUACAAUUUUCAGAUAUACAUGAGACAGGCAAUAGACAUAAUGUGCUUUCUCUGAAACCUGUUGAUAUAGGAUCAGUGUUUACUGUUUCUAAAAAUAUAAAUACACCGCGAAUUAAGCAUCUUAAUGAGGUGCAACUUAUGCCAAUGGAAGACACAAAGUUAGAAAUGCAAGCAGUUUCUCCUGAAUAUAUAAAGUCAUUAAUUAACGAAGAUAACCCUGAACUAAAGGCUAAAUUAUCAUUGACAAGUCCAUAUGAGAAAGUAAACAGCGCUAAAGUUGUUAAAUAUUUAGAUAAUAAACAAUUUCAUACGAAAAAUCACUUUGAAGAAGACGAAGCAACAUAUGAAAAUCCUUCUGCGGAAGUUUUAUAUAGCACACAGCAAGCUUUACCUUAUGAAAUAGAAGGGCAACAGCUUCCAAACAUAUCUCAAGGUGGCACUAAUUUUUAUAAUAAUAUAGAUAUUCUGAAAUUAAUGCAGCCAUCAAAGCGUUACAUGGUUAUCCAUCCUGACGGAAGAGUAGAACACAUUGAUGAAAUUGAAAAAAUCACUAAAAUACAUCCUAAUUAUGUGAUGAUUGAAUCACAAGAUUUUUUAAAACGUGUAGAAGGUAAAGGCGACAUUUCAGGUUUACAAAUAUCUCAAUUAUUUGUUAAUAAUUCACAUGAUGCAAUAGUUAAUCAAAAACAUAAUCAAGCACCCCAUCACCUGGCUGAUAUACCCUCAGGUCAAAAAUCACCUCUACAAUUCGUCAAUAACUUAUUACAUACGACAGAUACUGAUUCUUUAGAAAAAUUAAUAGUGUCCAAUGAACCGAAUGUCCAUCCAACGCAAGUAAAGACGGCUAAAGUAUAUUCACCAGAAAACAAUAAUCAACACGACGACAAUCAACUUUUGAAUAAAGAAAUUCUGCAUCGAUCAAGUAGCUUAGUACCAGAAAUUGAAAAGCAUGAGAAAAAUAUUAAAAACGAACAAACUAUAACACAGUCUACACCUAUCGUAAAAGAAAACGAAUUUAAAAGUAUCGAGUUAACGUCUGUAAGUCCGAGUGAUAUGCAGCAAAUUCAAACUAAUAAUGAACAACAAAUAUCUACAUAUGAGUCAGCACUUUUGCCAAGUAGUACAAUAGCAACUCUUUCUGAAAAAAAUAACGAUAAUUUCAAUAAAACGGUCAUAAAAAAAGUAAAUAUAACGGAAAAUACGACAUCACCAUUUAUAUAUUUGCCUUUAAAAGAUAAUUUGCCUACUUCGCCCCAUGAGCGUCAAAUUAUACUAAAUGAAGAAAGUGGAAAAUAUAACUUAAACACUUUACUAGUGCCUAAAACGUCUAUGUCAACACCAGCAAUCAUUACUGAAAAAAACAUAAAAAAUAUGAACGAAAUAGCACCGUAUCAAAAUAGCACCGAACCGCUUCAAAAUAGUACUGUCACUAUGUUAAACACUACAGUAACAAAUACUACUCAAGUAUUUUAUACAAAUCACGAAACAUUACAAAAUAAAAAUCACGAGUUAUCAGAUACCUCAUCUACAAUAACAAGACCUGAAAUUGGUGUAAUAUCAAUAAAUACAACUGUAACUUCUGUAUCCAUUCCGAAUAAAACUUCGUUGUCUUCAAAUGUUCAGGAAGAGAACACAAAUAAAAAUAAUACGAAUAUAAUGCAAACUUUAAAUAUAACUUCACCUUCUACUACAUCAUUAUCAAAUACAGAAAAUACGACGAACAACACUGGCUUUUGGUUUCAUGCAGAUGAACAAUUUUGGCAUAACAUUAUGAGCAAUAAUGAUACUCAAAAUCUCUUUUACUUCUUCUUUGUUCCGCCAAAAUCUAAUAUUAUGCAAAAGGAAACGAAAACAACAUUAUAUCCUAAUGGCACUACAGUUGAAGAAGUUAUUGAAACAAUCGAUGAAGAUGGUGUGCCCAGAGUAAUACGAACAACAAAGGUGUUUUUAAAUAGCACGAGCUCAGAUGUA